AUGCGCUUGCGACAAUUUCAGCUCCCUUCCUUGUUUGAGAAGCGGUCAACCGACAAAACAUCUCCAGAAGAUCAAUUAGAGAAAAACAAUCAUGAAGAAAGUGUUCAGCAAAUUGAUGGCUUUGAUACCCAAUCUGGCGAGAAAGACGAAAAACUUCAAACAGCCGACGUCUCCACAAUCCCUUCUUCCUCUGCGGGAGAGCUUGCUGGUAUCGUCAAAUCGGAAUACCUCAAUCAACACUGGACACCUGUGUCCUACUACUUAUCCUACUUCUCCAUAUUUCUCAUGUUUUUCGCCCUGAGUUUUCAGUCGAUAGCUUAUUCUAGUUUGACUUCUUACGCUACUUCAGCGUUUAAUGGUCAUUCUUUGCUUGGUACCAUCGGUACUGCCAAUAAUAUUAUCAGUGCAGUUAUCAAGCCACCUCUGGCUCGAAUCUGUGAUGUUUUUGGUCGUUUGGAAGCUUUUUGUUUUGCCCUCCUUCUCUAUUUUAUCGGCCUCAUCCUUAUCGCUACAGCCAAGAAUGUCCAGACCUAUGCUGGUGGUAGUGUUCUUUACAAUGCUGGCUACACAGGCCUUGAACUCGUGAUGACCAUUUUCUUCGCUGAUUCUUCGAGUAUGGCUAAUCGUUCUCUUGUAGUCGGUAUCUCCUAUUUUCCUUUUGUGGUCACCACGUGGACUGGUCCCAUAAUUAGUAGCAACUUUAAAUCCCAGUGGAGAUGGGGAAUUGCAAUGUGGUGUAUUAUUCUUCCAGUUUGUGCUCUUCCAUUUAUCGUAUGUUAUGCCUAUUAUCAAUACAAAGGUUGGAGAGAAGGUGCUUUUAAGGAUACUUUGACUAUGGAUAUUAUAACUCUUUUCAAGAAGCUUGAUAUUAUCGGUCUUAUUCUUCUGACAGCCGGAUUCUCUCUCUUGUUACUCCCAAUCUCUUUAGCCAGUUAUAAUGGUGAUAAAUGGAGGGACGCAAAGUAUAUUGUUAUGAUUGUUGUCGGUGGUGUUUGCAUCAUAGCUUUCGUGUUAUACGAAAUUUACGUCGCUAGCUUCCCUGCAAUCCCCUUUGACCUAAUGCGUGAACCAACCAUAGCUGCUGCUUGUGCUGUUUCGGCUCUUUUCUAUAUGGCUUUCUAUUGCUGGGACGGCUAUUACUUUAGUUUCUUGCAAGUUGCUCACUAUACUUCUGUAAGAGCUGCUACUUACAUUGCAUACACAUAUACUUUCACUUCAUCUACUACGGGCUGUAUCUUGGGAAUCAUCAUUCGCUUUCAUAAGCAAUUUAAAUUCUACUUUAUUUUCGCUGUUCCCAUCUAUAUUCUUGGUCAGGGUUUGAUGAUUCGUUAUCGAGGUGAGCAGUAUAAUCGUGGCUACCUUGUAAUGACUCAACUCUUAGUCGGUAUUGGUGGUGGUAUUAUUGCCAAUCUUUUAGUCGUGUCUGUUCAAACAGUGGUAGCGAGAAAACAUUUCGCUAUUGUAACCGCAUUAGUAUUAACUAUCACCCCCCUUGGUGGUGCUAUUGGAAGUGCAAUUUCUGGUGCUAUUUGGGAGAGUGUUUUGCCCAAACAGCUUCAAAAGUUGCUUCCUGAUGAUAUGAAAGACCAGGCAUCUACCAUUUUCGGCAAUCUAACCCAACAAUUAGCGCAUCCACGAGGCUCUGACACUAGAGAGGCUAUUAUUGCUGCUUAUUGUAAUGUACAGAAGAUAUUGACCAGUGUAGCUACUGGAUUUGCUGGCGCCAUCCUUAUUCCUAUGUGGUUCAUUGCAAACCCUAGAUUAAACACCAACACUGCUAGUCUUUUUGAAAAGGCAAGAACCGGCCUUUACGAGUAA